GUUCUUGCAGUGUGAAGAACGCCUUGCCGUUGUUGUGGUUUCUGGUGCGCCUGUCGUCCAAACAUACUCCCUAAAACAGAAAUAUCUGGCAUUGAUAAUUUCCUCUCAAUGGCAGACCAAAAUAGCAAAAAUGAAAAAGAAACAGUUGAUAAUGAAGUGGUGAAGAUUACACGUGAUAUUGCAGUACAGCAUUCUUCAACUGACACUGGUCCGUCAGUCAGCUCUCAGGAAAGGGUGUGCACAGCAAUGGCAACAAGCACAAUUGCCAAAAAUGCUGCAGGCAUUUUGUUUUUUCUUAACUCUGCUUCCACAACUCAACCCAGCACAUCUACAACAGUAAAGCCUGCCAUGUACACUAAUGCAGUUUAUGUCUCUCAGCCUGUGAGUGCAAAGCUGAUUUCCCAGGUCCAAAGUGUAAUGUCUGCAUCAAAGUCAACUACAUCACCUGAAAACACUGUCAGUGAUGUUGUUGAGAAAGCUAUGGAUCUUUCAAACCUGGGUGAUAUUUCAGGAGACUGCAGUGAGCAUCCUGCAACUAAUGCUGCCUUGACRCUUGUCUCGCUUGGGUCAACUGUAAGCCAACCUGUUCAGGAAAUAGUUAUAGAUGAAAGUGGUAGAAGUAGUUUUGCCACAAAUUCAAACUUGGAUGAGGUUUCUGUUACUAUAGUUGAAAGYGAAGAAACAGUGCCCAAGUCCCAAGGAGAGUCCCCAGGCUUGAAUACAAUUGUUAUUGAUUCAUUGGGUGCAAAUGAUUGUGAUUUGCCCCUGCACAGUAAUGAUACUCCAAUGCGUGAGGUUGUAACACAGACUGGUGGUGGACAAGCUGAAGUGGUUAUUUUAAAAGCUAUAAAGAAAGCAAAGAAUAAAUCACUGUCUUCAUAUCUCACUGAACAAAGUUUAGAGAGAAAAAGAAGAGCUGAAAUGAAGGUUGGAGAGGCCCAAAAGAAAGCAUUAGAAAAGCAUCGAAUCCAUGCUUGUGAUAAGUGUGACAAAAAAUUUGUUGCAAAGCAUGAUUUGAAGAGACACAUGAUUGUACACAGCGAUGAAAGACCCUUUGGCUGUCAGCUCUGUGAUAAAGCUUUCCGUACCAAGAAUGAACUGAACCUCCAUAUUCCUGUGCAYAACAAAGAUACGCCCUACAAAUGUGAAUUCUGUGGUAAAGAAUUUAGGACAAAAGGAUGCUUUAAAUCUCACAUAAAGUAUCAUAUAGGUGAUAGAAGGCACAAGUGCACACAGUGUGACAAAGCAUUUGUCAAGAGUGCYGAUCUUAAACGCCAUGUUGCUGGCCACAACAAUGAAAAGAACUUCAAAUGUGCUGAGUGUGGCUCUGCAUUCACACGCAAAGAUAAUCUGAGAGCACAUAUGUUGCUGCACAGUCGUGAUAGCGUUGUGACUUGCGACAAGUGCAAUAAGGAGUUCAUCAAUCGUGUCUACCUUAAAAGGCAUAUGCAUGUUCACAAGCAAGCUAAGAAGAAGCCUUAUGAGUGUCAGUGGUGUCCCAAAACAUAUGAGCAGCUGGAAGGUCUAAGAAGGCACAUAAGACAACAUGUUGGAGAUGAGAAGUUUGUGUGUGAACAAUGUGGAAAGAAGUUUAUCACUGCUAUCCAGCUCAAACGACACAUGUGGUUGUGCCACGAACAGACAAGUCCUUAUAGGAAAUCAGUCUUGUGAAGUUUGAACAUACUAUUCCUUCUCUGUAGAUUUUGCUAUAAUAGUUUGUUUCAAUAGUUAGGAUAAAAAAAAAUAAGAGAAAUCUUGUUAAAAUGGAAUUAUGCAUAUUAGUUGGAUAUUAGCUAGUACUACACCUAAAACAAUGAAAUGUAACUAUGGAAAUCUCCUGGAGCUGAUUACAGGGUAAACAGCGCUGUUCACUGGAUAAAUUCAAUAAAUUUUACAGAAAAUGUUUAAUAAUAGGUGCCCAUGGAAAAACACUUCUACCAGYUGUCAAGUGAGCUGCAUUUGACAAAGUAUAGUGUAAAUACUUAUAUACAGUCAUCCAAUUUUAAAAAGUUCAAAAGGUUCGUUAUGACAAAUGGUUCGUCAAGACAAAUGGUUGUGUUAUAUGACUUGAACAGUUUUUUACUGUAAAAUCAUGGCCUCUUAUAGAAGAAAUGCAGUGUGAAUGAUGUAAAAAGCCAUAUUACUGAAUAUCCAUAGCAAUAUAUCUUUCAAAUUUGUGACUACCCCAA